UGCUGCUGCCGGAGAAUGAGACGGAGAAGAAAUAACGAAUAAAAGUUACUAGCAAUAAAAUUAAAUAAAUAAUAAUAAGGAAAAGGAAAAGGAACUUCUUCCUUUCCCUUUGGAUCAUUCAUUCGAUGGGCAGUUGUUCUACUUCUACUUGUUUUUGGGUAAGGUCGAUGCACCUGCACCCGCCUUUCCAUGAGCUCCAAUCGCAGACCCAGAGCCGUACGAUCGGAUUUUCUUAUUCAGCGGCUUCUCGUCGUGGUUGUGGUGGUGUUGGUCAUACUUAUCGGCGCAGCAGAACAAGAAUCUACUACAACUCCGAUGAGCCCACCCGCAGACAACCAACUGGAAUUCAACUCUACUCCGAGAUUGAGAGAUUACUGACGGAUACAGUGAAGCAAUCGCAAGAUGGCUGGGGAGGUUUAAGAGACUGGACUGAAGUUGAGGGAGCAUGGGUUCUUAAACCAAGAAGCUCAGAACCAAAGUUUGUUGUACAUUUUGUUGGUGGUAUUUUUGUUGGAGCUGCACCUCAGCUCGCCUAUCGCUUCUUUCUCGAGCGCCUCUCCCAAAAGGACGUUCUCGUCAUUGCAACACCCUAUGCUAGUGGAUUCGAUUACUUCUUCAUUGCAGAUGAAGUCCAAUUCAAAUUUGAUAGGUGCUUGCGUUUUCUUAGGGACACGGUUUCAGAUCUUCCUACUUUUGGCAUUGGCCAUUCUUUGGGAUCUGUUAUCCACCUUUUGAUUGGAUCAAGAUACGCUGUUCAAAGAAAUGGGAACGUGCUGAUGGCAUUUAACAACAAGGAGGCAAGCUCAGCUAUUCCUUUGUUCUCACCUGUUCUUGUCCCCAUGGCUCAAAGCGUUGGCCCUAUUUUGUCACAGAUUGCAUCAUCACCAACAAUACGUCUUGGGGCAGAGAUGACUUUGAAGCAACUAGGAAACCUUAGCCCUCCUAUCAUGAAGCAAGUUCUUCCUUUGGUUGAGCAGCUUCCUCCUUUGUACAUGGAUUUAGUCAAUGGAAAAGAAGAUUUUACUCCGAAACCAGAAGAAACUCGAAGACUUAUAAAGUCAUACUACGGCAUCUCGAGAAAUCUUCUGGUGAAAUUCAAAGACGAUUCUAUUGAUGAGACUUCAACACUAGCGCAGGUGCUUAGUUCGGAAUCAGCUAUCAGUUCAAUGCUUGACAUGUCAAUCCGGCUCUUGCCUGGAGAUCAUGCGCUUCCUUUGCAGCAGGCCAUUCCAGAUGUUCCACCGGCAAUGGCCGACGCAGUAAACCGUGGAAGUGAGUUUUUGGCAAAUCUAUCUGUAGGUACGCCAUGGGAGACGGUUGCCAAAGAAGUUGGGAAUACAUUAGGCACAGACUCAAGGAUCCUUCGCGCAGAGAUAUCGAAAGACAUAGACCUACUUGUGGACGUCAUUGCAUCAUGGAUGGCUUCUAAUACAGGUCAGAAGUUUCUGAGGCCAUGAUGGUGUAGCAAUCAAUCUGGGUGUUUUACAAAACUAGAUAGAAUGGACCAUCCAACUUUUGAUGUUGUCAUGUAAAUAAACACAGCUAUACAUUUCAAAUAGUAAAUAAAAAGGAUGGCAUAUGUUGCUUUAGACUUGUUUUGCAUUCAACAUUAUAAGACAUGAUUACGAGCUCUGCUUAUGCACGACCAAAUAAUAGCUUGGUAUAUGUUUUCGUACGACUUGAAAAAAGAUGAAUUGUAAAAAUUC